AUGCAAGUUGCUCAAUACAACAAGAUAACCACAGCUGCAGCUACAGACUACGCGGGCGUGUACUUCGAUGGUUUGUACAGCGAUUGCUGGAGUUUACUGAAGGCAGGUUACAGUGUGACCGGUAUGUAUACGAUAUUCCCCGCGGGAUUUGCAGAUGGUCUGAAGGUGUACUGCGACAUGGAGACCGACGGUGGAGGCUGGCUUGUCAUUCAGAGGCGUCAGGAUGGCAGUGUCGACUUCUACCGCGGCUGGGCUGACUACCGCGUGGGCUUUGGUGAGUUGGCUGGUGAGUUUUGGCUCGGCAACGACAACUUGCGCACCUUGAGUAAUUCUACUGGAUCUUGGGAUCUUCGAAUCGAUUUAGAGGACUGGGAUGGCAACACAACCUGGGCCGAGUACGGAGGUUUUCAAAUCUCUGGACAGGAUUUUCUUCUGAGUUUUGGUUCGUUCAAUGCGGACAACGAGUCAUGCGACAGCUUGCGCACCUUAAGUAAUUCUGAUGGAUCUUGGGAUCUAAGAGUCCAUCUGGAGGAAUGUGGUGGCAACACAGCCUGGGCCGAGUGA